CAAUUUAGAAAUAUAAGCGAAGCAUACAAAAAAAAUGAGUUAGCAUAUCUCGAGCAAUAUUACUCAAAGUAUUAUGUUGUCGACCUGAAAAACUCGACAGAAGAUUUAUAUAUUUAUCAGGCUCCAAACAAAUCAUGCGUAAUAGGUUUAGCACCAGCGCAUCCUUUACUUCAACGAUCACAGGAUCAGAGCUCUUCUGGUCAUUAUUUAUCAAGCAUUCAAACUAUAGAAUACAAUGUUAAGAUUAAGAGUUCGAUUAAUAAGAAAAGACAAGAUCCUCUUUCAAUUGAUACUGAAAUUUGCGUUGUUACAACUGAAGAAGGAAAGCGUUAUAGUAUUAAGGCUGGCGUCGUAGGUUGGAUUAUGGAUAUCAACACAAGGUUUGAGCAUGAAAAGGAAUUGCUACAAAAUAAG